GCAAUGCUCUGGGUAUGAUUGGCGUAUCAGCAGGUAUCGCAGCCACUCUGGGAAUAUUGCGACCAUCACCAGAACUGUUGUUACAGAUGGGCGGAUGCAUGGCGACAGGAGGAACCAUUGGUGCCAUCGUUGCCAAGAGAAUGGAGGUGACCGAUCUCCCACAGAUGGUCGCCUUGUUCCACAGUCUGGUGGGUAUGGCCGCCGUUCUCACCUGUAUUUCCAACUACAUGACGGAGUUCACACACUUUGCUACCGACCCUGCCGCUGGCGCUAUCAAGUCUGCUCUGUUUUUUGGCACCUGGAUUGGUGGCAUCACCUUCACUGGCUCUCUGGUGGCAUUUGGCAAGCUGCAAGGUCUCCUGAAGUCCGACCCUCUGUUGCUACCCGGCAGACAUCAGCUGAAUCUUGGCCUGCUCCUGGCUAACGUGGCCGCAGCAGGGCCGUACAUGAUGAGUGCCUCGUACGGAGUGGGACUGGGCAUGCUGGGAGCUACCACCGCGCUCUCCAGUAUCAUGGGCGUCACACUGACAGCUGCUAUUGGAGGUGCUGACAUGCCAGUUGUGAUCACAGUGUUGAACAGCUACUCUGGCUGGGCUCUCUGUGCCGAGGGCUUCAUGUUGAACAACAACCUCAUGACCAUCGUAGGCGCUCUCAUUGGUUCCUCUGGAGCUAUCCUCUCCUAUAUCAUGUGUGUGGCCAUGAACAGAUCCCUGCCUAAUGUGAUCCUGGGAGGCUACGGCACGUCUUCCUACGCUGGCGGGAAAGCCAAGGAGGUAACGGGCACCCACACAGAGGUCAAUGUCCAGGAGACCGUUGACCUGAUCACCGAGGCGCAGAACAUCAUCAUCACCCCCGGUUACGGUCUGUGUGUCGCCAAGGCUCAGUACCCCGUCGCUGAGAUGAUAGAACUGCUCAGGUCCAAGGGGAAGAAUGUGAGGUUUGGAAUUCACCCUGUGGCAGGUCGUAUGCCAGGCCAGCUGAACGUGUUGUUGGCAGAAGCCGGCGUAGACUAUGACAUCGUAUUGGAGAUGGACGAAAUUAAUGAUGAUUUCCCAGAGACUGACCUUGUGCUGGUGGUGGGUGCUAACGACACCGUCAACUCCGCGGCCGAGGAAGAUCCCAACUCCAUCAUUGCUGGCAUGCCUGUACUGAGAGUGUGGCAGUCGGGACAGGUCAUUGUCAUGAAGAGGACAAUGGGCGUAGGUUACGCUGCCGUAGACAACCCAAUCUUUUACAAACCCAACACAUCCAUGUUGCUAGGCGAUGCCAAGAAAACGUGUGACGCACUAUUAGCAGGAGUCCGUGCUCACUACGAGCAAUAACACUAACUUCACUGAUAGGAGAAAUGCUAGCAUUAUUAUUAGAUAUAUAAUAUUUAUAUUGAAGAUGUUGACAUCUAGCAACUGCCAAUUCCACAGCAGUAUAACUUGCAUAAUGAGACACUAGCUUUGGAAAAAGACGUUGGGAAAAGGAGCCAUUUUUUGCGGAAGCGAUGUUGGUUUUUGUGUUCAGUGUGAUGAUGUUUAUGUAUGAUGUAGACUGAUUUUACCACGUGGAAAAACUUUUGAUGUUCAUCCUGAAAUGAGACGGCUGAUUGUUUCUGAGGAUUUGCUAUGUGGUAGGAGAA